UGAUAUUCUCUUUCCAGAUUUCCAACAGCGUGUUAAUCUAUGAUGAAUCGGAAAUCGGAACUUCCGCCUGACUCUGAUGAGGAUCCAGUCAGUGCCCUGGUUGAUGGAUUGAACAAACUCACACUGCCAAAUAAAGGCACAGGCUCUAAAACAAUCAAAGAGCAAACCGAUGGGAACCCACAUGCUCUAAGGCAAGAGUCUCUACUGGACGUUCGAGGUAAAGACGACGAGCGUCUGAAGCAAACACGCACUGACCCCCAACCCCGACCGGAGGCUGACCAUGGCUGCAGAGAUGCAGAAUACACUGAGACGUCUGCAGGAUUUGGCUCUGACCGUAAUCAUCUAGGAGCUUGUGGAUGGGGGAACCUGGAACCUGAGGGUUCUGGAGAGCCGCGGGCAGCGAUCAUGACCCCAAGAACAACCACCCAAAGCAAGAACGAGUUUUCAAACGCCAAUCCCGGCACAGGGCAGCAACAAGGUGUCUAACCCACGUAUGGGGGAAGGAAGUCAUCUUCAGAAAGGAGAGCUGACUGCCUCCGAUCGGAAGUUCGCUGACUCCAAGUUAGCAAAUACAGAGGAUUUUUACCGGUUUGAUCCUUCCGAAUAUGGAGGAAUCGAAUGGCGUCAAAGAUUUCUGCAAUUUCUAGAGAAAUGUGCACCCUCAAAGACGAGGCGACAAUCCGAUGGAAUUAUUAAGAUUAUGGUGGUGUCUCCAAGCCAUGUUUCAAUAGAAAAUGAUAAAGAAGGACUUGAAACCGCCUGGAGAAAACUGACUGACUCAAACGAUGCAAUCAACUUCAGUAAGGUCAAACAGUUAGCAGUUUCUUAUGGAUGUAUGUACGGUAUCUGGCUCCUGUUUGUUCAAACCAGGAGCGUAGACCAAAUAUGGGAGCAAAUUGCUUUGGCAACGGUUGAAGGUCAGCUGGGAACAGGCGCUAAAGUGACACCAAUCGAUGACAGGCCCGAAGGUAAAGAAAUGUACAAUUACAGAAAUCACGUCAUCAGUGUGUACACGAAAGACUUCACAGAUUACACUGAUGUCAUGGCGAUAGAACGAAAACUACGUGACAUGUAUAAGUGGAAACUAAAGUUUAAACCAGGUGUUUAUGCCAACUUAGGUAUAAAUUCUAGGAAUAAAUAUGGAUUGAGGCCUUCAAUCUACGUAUCGGAAUGGGAUGCAAUGAGAAAGAUGUACAAAAUACAAGCAACAUAGACUAGUCACGUUUUCCCGUCAUGUCAAAAGUUCUCUUAUUCAAAUAAGGAGCUUUUCGGUUCACGAGUGAGACCAAGAGAUUGUACGCAUCAUUCAUUCCUUGUUAAACACUAAACACAAUUCGGAGCUGAUUUUAGUUUUGUCGACCAUUUUGGAUCUGGGUGUGAUUUCUCUGAUUUAGUCAAACCGAUUUCAAAAUAAGUACUGAGUGUUUUUAUCCGUGGAAUAAAUCUUCUCAAAGUAACCGUUGUUCAUAGAGACAGACUUAUCUUUUGUGACUAUUGUACUUGAUUGUAUAACAAAAUAUAAGAAAACACAGGAAAAACAACAGUUCAAAUUUUUUAGAAGUCCUACGAAUUCCUUCAACAAAAGAUUAUUUUGCAAGUUUCACAGUUUCUGUCCGCUGGCCUCCUGUUUUUAUUAAAAGGAACUGAACGAAGCACGAGUAAUUAGUAAUAACCUAAUAUAUUUAAUGGAAGCUAAUUAGAUUAAGAUGAUGUUGUAAAUCAUACUUUCAGCGGUUUGUAGUUAUUAAAGUUAUGUUUAAGGAUUUUUUCGUGACAGCAAACAACUUCAUAUAUUCAAAGAAUGCACGGGUUAGUUUAGUAAAAAGUGAAAGUGUGGUGAAUUUUGAAUCAAAGCUUAGGCCUACUGCUAAUUUUGACAAAAAGCAUUAGUUUGCCGGGACGUUGUAAUCAAACGGUUUUAUGAUACGCUGCUGGUCAACAAAAUUGGAAUAGUGAAAAUAACUUGUUAUCCAUUGGUUUUCUUUUAGUCAUUGGAUAUUUUGUUUGUUGUACUUGAAAAAAUAUAGGGCCUAUGCGUAUUUCUUAAUGUUUUUCUGUUAUAAUUUAUUUUAUUUUAUGAAAAGCUCUGUAUUUUAAAAAAACACAUUUUUGCUGCGACGAAUCAAUAUUUUUACAUACCCAUGGACAUUUUUUUUACGGCUAUAGAAAGAUUUGUUGAAUGACUUUGGUAACCGAUAGAAGGCGCCAUUGUUCUUUACUGGUACGUAGUCGCACUGAUACAAAAGUCAAGGAUGUAAAAAUGCAUACUUUUUUGGAUUAUUUUAUCUGAUUAAGAAUUUGGUCUCAAUCUUGUCUUCAUUCCUGGUAUGUAAAUUAAUUGUACACAUUUAUACAAACAUUCACUAUGUUAUUUUCAAUCUUCAGCUCUUCAUACGUGAGAUUGGUAUAUAUAUGAAUCAGUGUGGAGAGUAGUUAUUUUAGCUGGGCAUGGGUUAGACGAUGGGGGUCUAUUUGUUGGAUCCUUUUGCUGUGUUGGUUCCUAAAAGUUAGCAUGUUUGACAAACGAUGAGAGAGUGCCCAUAGGGGUGGAGGAAGCGAGUGAAGAGACCCCCUCAUGGAGAUUAAACGAUAAAUAGACAGGCGGAUCGGUUGGUGAGUAGGAGUUUUAGACUGUUAUUUGGGGUGAAAUUGGGUAACAAAUUGUUUGAUGUAAUAUAGCACAUGAUAUGAAGUUCACAUUGUAUGGAUAAGUAUUGGCUUAUAAUUAAGUGUUAUGCGUACUUGCUUAGUGUUAACUGAGGUGGAGGGCUACCUAUUGAGAAUUAAUCUUUAACAUUGAUUGUUACAUGACAUAAGAUUGAAUUAGGUUUAUGGAUCUAUGUUUGUACUAGGGUUUGUCUGGAUGUGGAAUAAAGCUGUCAGCAGAGUAGCGUACCAGUG